AUGGCCCAGGAGACCGGCACCUUCGUCAUCGGUGGAAGUGUACCCGAAUUUGACCCCCCGUCUGGCAAGAUUUACAACACCUGCGCGGUAUACUCCCCGGAAGGGAAGUUACUAGCCUCGCAUCGCAAAAUGCAUUUAUUCGACAUUGACAUCCCCAACGGAAUGUCAUUCCGUGAAUCAGACACCCUCUCGGCUAGGGACGAUAUCACAGUCGUGGACUUGGAGGGAUACGGACGAAUCGGGCUCGGGAUCUGCUACGACAUGCGGUUUGCCGAGCCCAGUAUCAUUGCUGCUCGACAGGGCGCGUUCGCUCUCGUUUACCCCUCGGCGUUCAAUACCACGACGGGACCGCUUCAUUGGGAGCUGCUUGGUCGGGCUCGUGCGGUCGAUAAUCAGGUCUACACGGUGCUGUGUUCGCAGUCGAGGGGAGCCGGUUCUUCGUACCCGGCCUGGGGAUAUAGUAUGGUGAGCGAUCCGAUGGGUCGGGUUGUGGCGGGGACCGAGGACGGUGAAGGCAUUGUGUAUGCAACAUUGGAACCGGGGGUGAUUGAAGAGGCUCGUCUGGCGAUUCCUAUUACCGGUCAGAGGAGACAUGAUGUGUAUCCGGAUAUCGGGCAGCUUGUUCGAACCGAAUGA